CUUUGAAAUCUUAGUUCCUUUGUUUUAAAAAAUACUUUGCCUCAAUGAUCAUUUCUCAACACUUCCUCAGCCCAGGAGCUUCAGAAGCCCCUACCAGGCCAGCUCUCCUCCUGCAGCAGCUCCCUCCAUGAGAGGAUGAAGCUCUCCGUGGCUGCCAUCUCCUUCCUCCUCCUCCUCCUCCUCACCGUCACCCUAGGGGCCAAGACUGAAUCCUCCUUACGAGGACCUUACCACCCCGCGGAGUGCUGCUUCACCUACGUUACCCGUGCAAUCCCACGUAACCGGAUUACACGUUAUUAUGAGACCAGCAGCCAGUGCUCCAAGCCUGGAGUUGUCUUCAUCACCAAAAAGGACCAUUCCAUCUGUGCUGACCCCAGGGAUGACUGGGUCCAGGACUACAUCAAGGAGCUGGAGGAGAGCUGAGUGACCGGAAGUAGUGGAGAAGGGCACAGCUCAGAAUCUUAAAGAGAAGAAUCCAAGGCCCCUCCCACUCCCAACUCUCAGCCCCAGCCACCUGCUGGGAGCUGCCCUGCCUUGAAUUAAAGACCAGUCAUGCCCUUCCCUGCCCUCA